CAGAAAUAGAGGUACGAGAGAAGAACAUUUUUGUACCUAUAGGUACAUUUUUUGUAAAUGUUCCCUUAAAAGUACAAUACUGGUCUUUAAAAGUCCAGAAAUGCCCCUUUAAAGGUUCAAUUUGAAAUAAAGUACAAAUCUGUACCAUUUUGACCUGUACUGCAGUGACAGUGGCAGAAUGUGGUAAUGGGUCAGCAUGGGAAAAUCUGGAUGGGCCUGGUUAAUUGUAAAAUUCAUAUGAGAUGUGAGUGUGCUCAUAAAAGCUACAUGUUAUAAUCAAAUCUGUUGGUCCUCUCCUCUGUACGUAAAUUAUCCUAUGAUGCAAAGAAUAUCUGUAACCUACCUUUGUGUAAGUUAUGUUAAAUUAUAUUAAAAAAAACACACACACAAUGACAUGCAGGCACAACCAAAUGAUGUUAAAAAAAAACUGGUCCAUUUCCAUUUUAUUAAGUUCCAGUUAUAAUUUUUAAUGUUUUAAAUCUUGGUUGUAGCCUUCAAAAACGUGAAAUCAUUUUACUGUUAUGUUUGGCCAUUUACUUUUUCGCUUUUACUACAUCCUAGAAUUGUUCAUUAAUUGUGAGGUUUUUAUGGAAUUUGCAACAUCAAGUUAAACCGAGGUUCUUUGGAAGUUAAAAUGUCAAGCAGAUUUUUAUGUUACGGUGACUACAUUUUGUAAGUUACAAAUAUAGUUCGCCAAGACAGCAUAACGGUUUCUAAACAACUGCGCAUUAAUACCACAAUGUUGUAUUUUCAUGUGUCAAGUUCGCAACGCGCAUUAAUCCCAAAGGCUGAAAAGCCAGCAGCGAUGAGUGCUCCGCCUCCGCGCUGACUAGCGUUGACACAGAAAAUGACUCUCAGGGGGUUAUUGAUGGAGGAGCUCCUUAAAAAGUUGAUGGAAGAAGGCAUUGAUGUGUCAGACGACGAGGCGCAAAGGUUUAGAGAUAACGAUGUACAACAUUGAAGGUACAGUUGAAGGUCCAGUGUCCCAAGCAAACCAGAGUUCUAUACCUUCUUGCCUGCAGUUAUUUCCAUUCCAAAAUUCCCACAAGAUGUCCAGAGUCGCUUGGAUCUCAAAGAACCAGUCCAGAAAGAACAGAAGUACCGAAACAAAAUAAUUGGGACUCUUUAUGAAAUGCUGUCACAGUACACAAUGUACCCAACCCACUCAGACUACAUCCAGGUCAUCAAAGCCCUGAUUGUGAAGUAUCCUUUCUUAAGAGAUGUACACGGAAAUGGUUAUGACACCUGGCACAGCCAACUCAAGAGAAAGUUCAAAGCAGAACGCGCUCCCCUAAUCAGCAACGAAGAAGUGAACCGGGUUAAAGAAAAGUUUGGACGCACGCAGAAACAUCGGACCACAGAGGAAUCCAGCAGCUCCUGUCUGAAGAGACUGAAGCCCUCUCUCGAUUCGUGCUUUGUGGGGGAAGAUGCAGCCUCCGUUGAUGCUCAUAUCAAGGUGCUAAAUGAUCAGCACAGGACGCUACAUCCUGACACAGCACUGGUGAAAGACCGCAUGACAAAAACCUUUGCAUGGAGACGUCAAGAGGUAGCUGAAGGAAUGUGUACUGUGGACCUAUUAAAGAGAUAUCCAUUCCUGGGGACAUCUGCAGGGUUGUGUGAUGAGGUUGAUUUAAUGCAUCCCUGCCAAGACAACAUCUGUUGCCGCUUUAGCGAGAACUUCACUGCUGUUCUUCAAAAUGUUCUUCAAAUGACCAAGGAUUUGCCACUGAAGAAGGUCUACAUGGAGGCAAGAGAGAAUGCACUGGCUGAAGACAUUACAGGAAUUGACUUCAAGGGGGCACUUCUCCUCUUGCCAUCCAUCUUCAAGGAGAAGAUAGAAGAUUUCAUCAUCCUUGGAGAGGUAAAUGCAUGAUGCAAUGCAUAGCCUUUGGCCACAAGUUUCAUUCUCGGUGUUUUGUUGGCAUGGAGCUGAAUUCAGCUGCGGUUCAGCAUCACAGCUAAGCUAAUGUAGGGGAAACACUGCUGUUAAUCCACAGACUUACAGAAUGCUCUGGAAAUGAACAAAAGUUUUACAGAUGUGCAUUUUCAGGAUAAAGUGCUUCAGCGUGUGUCUGCUAUAUCUGUCAGCAGUGUCAAAUAUGAACUUGAGGAUGUUUUUGUAGUUGGCCAUGUACACACUGAAGCCAUACCUAUAUUCUUUAAAAUCAAGUAUAUUUUGAAUGUUGAUACUUGUUGGGUAUUGUGUGGGAAACUGUUACUUCCUUGCACUUAUGAAUGUCAUUUCCAUGCUUACCAAGUGGCAGUUGACAAUGACUGGAUCCUGUUCAAUCCAGGAAAUGAAUUAGACUUUCAAGCUCUAGACACCUAUUUAGUUGAUGAUAGGCUGUUUGUGUCCUUGAGGUAUUCUGUGUGACGUUGCAAGCACAUUUUCCACUUUGUCUAUAUAUAUGACAUAUAUAUAUUCUGGCUUGUUGAAGUAGAGCAAAACAUUUGUGUGGACAGUUUUUUAAAUACAUGCCAUCUCUGUGAUCCGUCAAAAACAUUGUGUUCAGGUGUUUAAUGUCUUUAUGUGAUUGUUUACUUUUUUUAAAUGAAUGUAUUUUUCUUGACAUGUCCUAUGGCAAUAUACGAAUGUAAUCAAGGAUGUAUUCCUGUGGUUGUUUAAAUGCUUUGAUGUGAUUCUAUUAUCGAAAAUAAAUGGUUAAAUAACCAAAUAUUUUGGA